CCAGACUUGAAGUGGGCCGGAAGACAAAGUGAUCAUCGUUACUCAAGAGACGUCCACUUCUGCUUAAAUUAAGAUGCAGUGCAGCUGCAGCUCUUCAGUCGGACACCUUUCAUCACCUUACUGGAGCAGAACAGUGCUGUUUCCUGACUGGGCAUACAAACCAGCGUGGUCGCCUGGUUCCAGACAAGUUCAGCUGUGGCACUUCCUGCUGGAGCUACUGGGCCGUGGCGAGGGCAGCGCCAUCGGCUGGGGAGGGGAGUGGGGUGAGUUUGUCAUCAGGGACCCAGAGAGGUUGGCCAGGCUGUGGGGGGAGAGGAAGGGCAAACCGCACAUGAACUACGACAAGCUCAGCCGGGCGCUCAGAUACUACUACAACAAACGCAUCCUGCACAAGACCAAAGGGAAAAGAUUCACCUACAAGUUCAACUUCAGCAAACUCAUCCUGGUCAACUAUCCGGGAUACCUACCACCACCCAGCCACCAGCUGGUCCAAAGUGCCCCUCUUCCCUUCCCUCUCCUCCCUGCUGAGAGUGGCUUCCCUCUGAAUGGAGGAGCAGGGUCGGUGAUGGACAGAGUGGUCCAGCCUCUGCCUCACCCCCUCCUACUCCCGUGCUGCUUCACUAAACCCCUCCCAGCGCCUCUGGCCCUCAACGGCCCUUUCCCCUUCAUCACUACUCCUUCAUGUCCAGGUGUCAACGUGAAAGAGCAGAGGGAGUUGGGUCUAAAUUCAAAUGGCUGGUCUCACAAGAGCCUCACAGGGUGGGAUGUGAACCACCACAUCACCUGGAACCUGUUUGGAGGAGAGAAGCAGACUGAAAUUCGAGAUGAGAAAAAGAAAGGUGUGGUAGAUACAGAGUGAAGACAAGGAAACAAAUGGACUUACUUUCCUUCUUAAAAUUCUCUGUCUUUUUAUGUUUCUUGAUUUUAUUGUGUGGUAGUUUAUUUUCACUGUGAUCUUAAAUACACUGACUUUUAUUGCUAUUUAUUGAAAUGAAUUUAUUAAUCUUUUUUGAUAGAAUUAUUGAUAAACCCUGCUUUUUAUCUGCUAGCACUUCAUGCCCCCACAAGGGGAGCUGCACUUGUAAACAAUUAACAAUAUGGGACUUGUGUUUGGGUAAAUAAAGCAUUGCACUCUG